AUGACCACCGGCUGUAAACACGGCACACAGCCGGACAUGGAGCGAGGAGGGCGGCUGUCACAGCUCGGCCUCUGCCCUGUAUGUUCCUUCUCAGCUCGGGUUAGCUGGUCCAGAUGUCGGAGGACCAGAGGCACCAGCUGUCGGACGCCUCCGGCGGGGGGAGGCGGGUCUGGAGGCGGGGGGAGGGCGACACGGAGCCCAGCAUGCUGCUGCAAAAACCUCAAGAGCAACAUCUCGAAGAGUGUUCAGACCAAAGUGGAUCAGAUCCUGCAAGAAGUUCAGCGUUUCUCUGACAACGACAAGCUGUACCUGUACCUCCAGCUGCCCUCAGGACCCAGCUCCGGAGACAAGAGUGGUGGGGACUCCAGUUCGUUCAACACAGCCGACCAGCUUCACACGUGUAACUGGAUCCGAAGUCACCUGGAGGAGCAUUCUGACACCUGCCUGCCCAAACAAGACGUCUACGAGACAUACAAGAGAUACUGUGAGAACCUGCAGCAUCGUCCUCUCAGCGCCGCAAACUUCGGGAAGAUCAUCAGAGACAUUUUCCCCAACAUCAAGGCUCGACGGCUCGGCGGCAGAGGACAGUCCAAAUAUCCUUUAACUGUAGAAAGACUAAUGUGA